UUCCCUGUUCUUUUGUUACCCUGUGCUCUCCUGUUCUCCAGCAUGGUGUGCUUGUGGUUCCCCCGGGGCACCUGGAUGGCAGCUCUGACUCUGAUAUUGAUGUUGCUGAGUCUUUCUCUGGCUUUGUCCAGGGACACCCGACCACGUUUCCUGUGGCAGGCUAGCCACGAGUGUCACUUCACCAACGGGACGGAGCGGGUGCGGUAUUUGCUGAGAUACAUCUACAACCGGGAGGAGUACGCGCGCUUCGACAGCGACGUGGGGGAGUACAGGGCGGUGACGGAGCUGGGGCGGCGGAGUGCUGAGUACUGGAACGGCCAGAAGGAGCUCCUGGAUCACAGGCGGGGCCAGGCGGACGCUUACUGCAGACACAACUACGGGGUUGGUAAGAGCUUCACGGUGCAGCGGAGAGUUGAGCCUGUGGUAACUGUGUAUCCAGCAAAGACUCAGCCCCUGCAGCACCACAACCUCCUGGUCUGCUCUGUGAAUGGUUUCUAUCCUGGCCAUAUUGAAGUCAGAUGGUUCCAGAAUGGCCAGGAAGAAGAGGCUGGGGUUGUCUCCACAGGCCUGAUCCAGAAUGGAGACUGGACCUUCCAGAUCCUGGUGAUGCUUGAAACCAUUCCUCAGAGUGGAGAGGUUUACUCCUGCCAAGUGGAGCACCCAAGCCUGAUGAGCCCUGUCACAGUGGAAUGGACACAGGUCACUGAGGGUAGCAGCUCUGUGAUCCUUUCCACAAAUACCUGUACCCCCUGAGGAGGUAAUUAUGCCUAGCAGGCAGUAAUGAAAUAGUCCCUGUUUGGAUCUUCUCAUGAUAUCACAGGACACAGUCACCCUCUUGGCCCUGGGUACCAGGCCCCUGCUUCCUCAGCUGGGCUUCUGCUUCCUGUGCUGUUGCUCUGAGUUGUGUAGAUGGUCAUUGUGAUCUGAGGAGAGGAGCGUCCUCUACAAUGCAGGGCCCUUCCUGACCUGAGGGGAAUGCGAUCUCAGCUCUGCCCUUUAUUAGCUCUGUCACUCUAGACAAGCUACUGAGCCUCACUGAGUCCCAGGCUCCUCACACAUCAGCUGUGUGGUCAAACCUCAUGUCAGGGAUGUGAUAUUUAAUGAGUUCAGUGCCUCAACCUUGUACCUCCUCAGUGAGAUUGUGAAAACUUUGUCGUCCUCAAGUGACUAGUUAUUCUAUUUUGCAGAACAGACUUCUUCCCCCAUUCUCAGAGCUCUGAAUCUCAAAAUCUCAAUUAGAGAAGUUGGAUUUGGGGUAAAAAUCACUAAAGCUGGCUUGUUC